AUGUUUUUGUACACAUUUCUUUUCGCUGUGACCCUGGUGGCUACCGCGGCCGCGCAGGUGCAGUUCCUCGGCGUCGCCAUAGCAGGCGGCGACUUCGGAUGCCAGAUAGACGGCACAUGCCCGACGGGGUCGACACAGCUUCCCCUCGGCAGCAACGGCGGGGGUGGCGACGGCCCAGGGCAGAUGCAACACUGGGCCUCCCUGGACAAGCCUCUGAACCUGUUCCGGCUGCCCGUCUCGUGGCAGUUCCUCGCCAACAACCAGCUCGGCGGCGACCUCGACUCCGGCAACCUCGGCAAGUACGACAAGCUCGUGCAGGCCUGCCUCAGCACCGGGGCGCACUGCAUGAUCGACAUCCACAACUUUGCGCGCUGGAACGGCGGCAUCAUCGGGCAGGGCGGGCCGACCGACGACCAGUUCGUCGCGCUGUGGACGCAGCUGGCGACCAAGUACGCGGGCCAGGACCGCAUGGUCUUCGAGCUCAUGAACGAGCCGCACGACCUGGACAUCGGCGUCUGGGCCGCGACGUGCCAGAAGGUCGUGGCGGCGAUCAGGGGCGCCGGCGCGGCGAGCCAGAUGAUCCUGCUCCCCGGCACGAACUUUGACAGCGCGGCGACUCUGGUGUCGAGUGGGAGCACUGCGGCGCUGAUGAAUAUCACGAAUCCCGACGGGACGACGGAUAACCUUCUGUUGGACAUUCAUAAGUACCUGGAUGAGGAUAACUCUGGGACGCACAAGACGUGCACGACGGAUAAUGUCGAUGCGUUCAGUACGGUUGCAGACUUUUUGAGGCAGACAGGCCGGAAGGGCAUCGUCAGUGAGACUGGCGCAUCGAGUGAUUCCACAUGCUUCACAAGCUUCUGCUCGCAGAACAGCUUCAUCAACCAAAACUCGGACGUCUUCAUGGGCCUCGUCGGCUGGGGCGCCGGCAGCUUCGACACGAGCUACAUCCUCAGCCUCACGCCGUCCAAGCAGAACAACCAGCUCGUCGACAACCAGCUCAUGCAGCAGUGCGUGAUCGCCAAGUGGGUCGCCACCGCCGGCGCCCCGAGCUCACCGGCGGCGGCGGCCCCGCCCGCCUCCGCGCCGCAGGUGACGGUGACGAGCAGGCCGAUCGUGAUGACGACGGUGGGGCCGACCCAGGCGACGAGCGUGGCCCAGUCCAUCGGCGACGCGACGUAUACCAUGACCAUGUCCAUGGUCACCGAGACCGCGGGUGGAGACGGGGAGGACGAGGGGCUGCUCACUGCUUCGGGCAGCCCGACGCUGCCGGCCAUGGCGACUCAGGUGCCCUCGGGUUACGUCGCCUUCGGGGACGGGUGUUGUUACAGCCUCAGGGGCUGA